UUUCUCUAUGCCACAGACGCCAAAUGUCGCCAUCGAUCAAUGACAUUUUGUAAAGUUGAAUUUAUUGAUAUAAAGCGUUAAUGUAAAUAAUAAACAAUUUAAUCAUAAACGUCGACUUCCAGUCGAUAUGUAUGCCAAGGGCAAAGGCUCUACGGUGCCUUCGGACGCUCAGGCUCGCGAGAAGUUGGCCCUCUAUGUGUAUGAGUACCUGCUUCAUGUUGGGGCUCAGAAGGCGGCGCAGACGUUUCUCUCAGAAAUACGAUGGGAGAAGAACAUAACGCUCGGGGAGCCGCCGGGGUUCCUGCAUUCGUGGUGGUGCGUGUUCUGGGACCUGUACUGCGCGGCGCCGGAGCGCCGGGACACUUGCGAACACUCAUCUGAGGCUAAGGCCUUCCAUGACUACGGCUUUGUUAAUUCUGGAUAUGGAGUGAACGGGAUUGGACACAACGCCGGUCCGGCACCUCCUAAUGACGGCAUGGGCGGCGGAGGCAUGCCGCCCGGUUUCUUCCCAAACUCCUCCCUCCGGCCGUCACCGCCCGCGCCUCACCCCGGCUCGCAGCCGUCCCCGCACGGCCCGCAGCCCCAGCUCAUGGGCUCGCAGCCCUUCAUCGGACCUUGGUACUCCAGCGGACCUCGCCAGCCUGUCAGGAUGGGGAUGGGCAACGAUUUUAACGGACCGCCAGGUGGCGGUAUGAUGGGCAACUCGAUGGAGCGCGGCGGCGGCGGCGCGGCGGCGCUGCUGGGGCCGCGCAUGACGCCGCCGCGCCCGGGCUGCGGGCCCAUGUCGCCCGGCGCCUACUCCGCCAUGCGCGGCCCCCCGCCGCAGGGACCAGGUAUGCCACCAAUGGGUAUGGGUCCCCGCGGCGCCUGGGCGGGGGGCAGCGGCGGCGGCGCGGCGCCGCUCAACUACAGCGGCGGCUCGCCCGGCUACGGAGCCCCCCCGGGCUCCAACGGCCCGCCCGGCCCGCCCACGCCUAUCAUGCCCAGCCCGCAGGACUCCUCCAACUCAGGGGGCGACAACAUGUAUACACUGAUGAAACCGGUCGGCGCAGCGCUCGGGGCGGAGUUCCCGCUGGCGGGGGAGCACCCCGCGCCCCCGCACUUACCGCAACCCCCGGCCACUGAAGGCCUCGGCGGCGUGGACGGCAUGAAAUCGUCCCCGGGCGGCGUGGGCGGCGGCCCCGGGACCCCGCGCGAGGACUCCGGCUCCGGGAUGGGGGACUACAACUUAAGUUUCGGAGGGCCCGGCGGUGACCAGAACGACCAGACAGAGUCCGCGGCCAUCUUGAAAAUCAAAGAGAGCAUGCAGGAGGAGGCGAAGCGGUUCGAGAAGGAUCCAGACCACCCGGACUAUUUCAUGCAGUGAAUUUGUUAACGGGCCGCCAACUUGCCAAGAUUCGGUAUCAAUUUCGGUUUCGGCUAAAGAGGUGUGGGACAGCACUAUUCAAAGUCAUUUUUUCGGUAUCAGUUUCGGCUAAAGCAGUGUUGGACUAGACUAUUCUAGGUCAUACAUAGCUUCGCUAAAAAUUUUGCUCCUAAUAGUAAUAGAGAACAGAGAUAAAUUUGAUUUCCUCGUUAAAGCAAAUAAAAAAAAAACAUUUCUAAGGCAAGAGGUUUAUUAAACACAAGAUUUAUUAAACAAAAUUUUUAUCAAUCAGAUAUGUCUGCAAAUUUAUGCAAUAAAAAGAAAAAACCUGACAAGUGCGAGUCGGACUCGCCCACUUUUUAGUAUUUGUUGUUAUAGCGGCAACAGAAAUACAUCAUCUGUGAAAAUUUCAACUGUCUAGCUAUCACGGUUCGUGAGAUACAGCCUGGUGACAGACAGACGGACAGACGGAAGCGAAGUCUUAGUAAUAGGGUCCCGUUUUACCCAAAGGUACGGAAACUUAAAAAAACAAAGGAAAAUCUCAACGCUUGCUUGGGAGUCUUAUUUCAAUUUCGAGUUUAUUUCAAUAAAUGAAAAGUAAUCUUUUAAUUGUUUAAAUAAUUAAAAGAUAAAAGUUUCGUCAGACAUAUUUGCAAAAAUGUAAAAAAAGUCCCACAACUUCCUGGCCCCUGUUUCACCAACGUGACAGGUGCGACAAUUGUAAAACAUGACUGUUGCUGACGUCACGGGCAUCCAUGGGCUACGGUUACCGCUUACCAUCGGGCGGGCCGUAUUCCUGUUUGCCACCAUCAUUGUAUUAUUAAAAAAAACUUUAUGAUAUCGGAAAAAAACAGAUAUUUCUCUUGCUAAGUUUAUGACAAUUGUCACAAGAAACACUACAAUUGUCACGAAAUUCCGACAUAUAAACUCAUUACCUGUCAAGAAUUACCUACAAUUCUUCUAAAUCUUUGACAAUUGUCAGAAACUUCGCAGGAGAAAUAUCUGUUUUUUUCCGAUGUAAUAAAGUUUUUUUAAAUAAUACAAUGAUGGUGGCAAACAGGAAUACGGCCCACCCGAUGUUAAGUGGUAAUCGUAGCCCAUGGAUGCCUGUGACGUCAGCAACAGUGAUUUUACAAUUCGUCGCACCUGUCACCGAUGUGAAAUUGGGGCCUGACCCCAUUUUGACAAAAAAAUAUUUGUAUGAUCUCACAUUUAUCCCAAAUGGUGGGUUGGCGCGAUAUCGUUAAACUCGGAUCUGAUAAUUACGAUAUUGUGUAAUAGCUUCGUCAAGUUACUUUGCUGGUUUAUUUAUUUUAACCCUUCACUGUUCUCGGGUCUUGGUCGGGUAACCGCAGUAUUUUCGAUGCGAUUAAUUUAUUUUGAAUCACAGUUUUUAAAUAUUAGUGAAAUUGUACAUUGCCUUACGCGUCAGGUGCCCGAUAAAGUAAUCCUUUUUUUGAAUGCGCCAAUAGAGGUCAUCCAUUAAUUACAUCACACGUUUAGAGGGGGGAGGGGGUCAUGUCAAAUGUGACAGCUCCCCCCCCCCCCCUGUCUUCUUUCCACAAACUUUGUGACGUCACUUUGACUUAUUUAAAUUAUUUAAUUCGCUGUACAGUUAAAUAACAAGUGUUUGGAACGAUAAUCAUUUUCAUUCGUUUAAUUUUCUCUCCUAAUAGGUUUUGGGUUAUAAAAUUACAAAUAUUACUUUUUUCAGAAAUGUUUUGAUAAAAUAUUAAUAACAUGUAGCAACCUACUUAAUUCGGUUUGCCGAUUUCGUUGAAAAAAUGUGACGUCACACCAGGGGGGGAGGAGUUUGCCAAAUGUGAUCAAGUAUGGCAAUGAUGAGGGGUAAAAAAACCUACAAAUUCGUGUGACGUAACUAAUGGAUGACUUUUUAUGUUUAAAAACUGGUAUUUAUAUUAACUUUGGUUUCGGCUAAACCUCUAUCUUAUCAGUUAUCAGAUUUUUAACCAUGCAAGUACAUGAGGAUCGUUUAAUAAACUUACUGUGGAAAUAGUUUACCCGAAAUUCGUUAGAAAGGGAUCUAUAUCUGAAUCCCUAAAGUAUUUUCUCCUAUUUGCAUUCCCUAAUAUGGUUUAUAUAAUCAGUUGUCCUAACACUAAAAACACUAAUUUUGGUUUCCCUAAUUAUUGAUUACUUAUCCUAAUGUUAUUAAGCAUAUUUUCUUUUUUACGAGGGUCGCAGUUCUAACCCUAACCUACUUUUGUGGCAUCAAGUUCUAAAACCUAACCAUUUUUCAGAACCUUACAUUAUGGAAAAUAAUCCUUAUGACAAUUGAUCGUUAGGGCAUGUGCCCAUUAGGACAAACCAGUUAGGGCAAGUGACUUUAGGACAAACGUUGUUAGGGAUUCAGAAUGACACCCGUUAGAAAAUUGUUCGUGUAUUAACACCAUUUAGUUUAUUUUUAUUUCGAAUAACAUAUUAUGUAAUUUAUGUAUGUAUUGAUUUUACAUAGGUAUUUUUUAUCUGUGACGUGAUUUCAAGUAUUCUCAUAUUUGAAGUUGAUUUUUAUAAUGUACUCUUCAGUUGUAGCAGGAUUGUGAUGUGUUAAAACGAUUUAGUCAAUGCAGCUAAGUUGUACCAUUCACUAUACAGGGUGGAAAGAUAAGUCGGGCCCUGGAGGGAAACUACCUUAAAUCCUUAAGCUGGCUCAUUUUACUUAAAGGAGACAUUCCUUUAUUUUUAAAAAGAAACAAAAGUGCAUUCAAAGAUUUUCUAAAACUCGCUUGCCUCGCCCGGGACUCGAACCGACUAAAAAUUCCAAAAAAUAAAAACUCGCAAUUUUAUUCUACUAGUCAUACAGUUAAUGUUAAUGAUAACAUUUCUCCAAGAAACAUUAGGUCUUACACUCGUCUGUCGUACAAAAUAUCCAUAAAAUCUAAUAUUCAGUACUUAAGAUUUUUUUAGACAGUCCAAAAUGAAGAAAAAAGAAAAAACUUUGAAUGCAGUUUUGUUUCUUUUUAAAAAUAAAGGAAUGUCUCCUUUAAGUAAAAUGAGCCAGCUUAAGGAUUUAAGGUAGUUUCCCUCCAGGGCCCGACUUAUCUUUCCACCCUGUAUAGUAAUAUAAGUAAAGAAAGAAUAGUAACUCCAUGCAUCAGUUUUUUUACCAAAACUAGUGUUAUUUCGUAGUCGACAUCUAGCGUCAUACACGGUGUAACAUGAGGAAACCGAAUAAUUUUAACCACGCAUUUCUGAGGUCAAAAGAAGUAAAAAAUGUAAUAUGAGUUUAGGUUAAUUUCGCCAAAAAAAAAAUUAUUUAUUGUGUUGUGUUUUUCAAUUUUUUGAAUGUAUUUUUUGAAAUAAAUAAUAUAUGUUAUUGGUAAACUUGUCACUUAAAAUUGAUUUUUACAUUUUUUUUUCGUAAAACCUACUUUUUAAAAGUGUUACUUGUCACUUUUUGACAUCUAUCAAUAAGGACAUUUAGACUACGUCCCAUAGCAGCAACAUCACCAUCAAAAAUGCCUUUUACACUAUGUAACAAUAAAAACUUGUUUUAUUUUUAAUUAAUAAUAUCUCUGAAACUAGGCGAAUUUCAAAAAAGUUUAUAGGACAUUUUUGGCUCUAAACAUGGUCAGGAAUACGCUGUUAAAAUUAUUCGGUUUACUCAUGUUACACCGUGUAUAUAUACCUGAAUUUAUCAGUACUGUUAGUUGACAAUAGAUGUCUCGGCGAACGAAAACUCUAAUGCUCAACAAUUUUCAGCUAAUAUUAUAACUGGAUUAAUUGGAAGUCUAUUUUCAACCCCUUCUGCUUAUAAUAUUAGUUGUAAAUUGUUUUAGUAGUACAUUUUUCGUCAGUAGCUACACUUGUGACAUCUGGUGUCAAGAAGAGAUACUGAUAGUUCCACUACUUGACGUUAGAUGUCGACUAUGAAAUAACGCGCGUUUUGGCAAGAAAACUGAUGUAUGGAGUUACCACUCUAUCUUUACUUAUAUUACUUUAUGGUUAUACGGAAACCAGUUAUAGAAAAAAAAAAUGAAAUGCCCUUCGCCUAUGUAUUGAUGUACAUAACUGAAAAUUAACAUUAAAACGGAUUGUUUUGAAGUAAAUUUUUAUACAUACAUGCGACUUAUAAAUAGUCCAACGCCACUUAUAAAGUAUUUGGGCUAUUGCUAUCGUGUUAAAUUAUACCGGGUGUGGCCUGUAAUAUGAGCAAAAAAUUAAACUGGAGGCUGUACUCCUCAUACUGACCAACAUUUGUUCAGCGACUUUUAAAAAUAACUUGUGGUUUGAUUUUUAAUACACUUUAAAGUUUAUUCUAAGAGGCAAUGUAUUACGAAUUUUGUCGUUUGAGGCGUGACAAGCAACGUCAAUCACAAUGAUAUGGCGUGGCGAUGGCGUCCAUUGACGAUAAUAUUUAUUUUGUAUGAAAAAUAGGGAGUCUAAAUACUUCAUAAUUUUUAAAAGUUGUUGAACAAAAGUGUCAUCGUUUGAGGAGUACAAUGUUUUAAUUAUUUGCUCGUGUUACAGGCCACACCCGGUAGAUGCAGCUUAUUUGUAUCCCACAUAACAAAUAUGUUCCUAUAUUAUCUAUCGAUGUACCAUAAUCUGUAAAGAUCUCAAAAUUUGCGUUAAAAAUAUUUUUGACGUGAUUUUUGUUGGUUUUUAGUCGCCCACUACUGGGUGAAAGGUUUAUAAAUAUGUGUUUUUCACUAUUUAACCUCUAGCCGCCCAGAGACCUAUAAAAAGGUCUCCUGUUUCAUUCUAAUUUGAACUUUGUGUUGAAGAAAUAAAAUUUCAUUUUGCUUGGCAAGAUUUGACGUAUGGGCGGCUAGAGGUUAAGCCUGCUACAAUGGAAGUAUCCUUUAAAGCGCACCGACGUUAGAUUUGUGUGUACCGAUAAUAUUUUUUAACUAAACAUCUUCCACGUUUUAAAUAAAUUAUUUAGAGUAUUUCGUUUUAAGCUCUUAAUGUUCCUAGAUUUGUAUUUUUUAUUUUUUAAGUUCACCAAGCGGUUUUAGCCGCGAGUUAUGAAUUAGGAAAAAUGCGCAAAUAUCCAUCAUAAUAUCAAAUCAACGCUGAAAAAUUAUCGUUAUUUUAUUUUAAACGUAUUGCGUCGAUAUUAAAUAUCUUUAAGUUUUAUAAAGUGCACUUUUUUAACGUUGUUCUUAUUCUAAUUUAGAAUAUUCAAAGUAAUGUAAAUACAAUGUUUUUAUAACAUCAUUGUCAUAAUAUGUAGAAUGCGCAUUUUUUCUCAUUCCUUAUAUCAUCUGUUUGAAUUUCCGGAAUACGGUUUCCGAAAAAAAAAACGGUUUCGGCGAAAUAAUUUUCGGCUAAAAUUCAGCGUCAACGAGAGCUUACGAAAGGUUUUAUUUAAGACGCGUAUUUGCCGAAAAUUGUUUUCGUAUUUCGGAUCUGCAUUUAUUCAUGUUUAUAUGAAAAUAUGGAUUGUGGAAGCUAUUCUCACGGCUUAUUAUUUAGGUGUUGUCGAAAAAUAUACAACUGGCGUUGUCGAAACAUAUUCAUAACACUUAGCAAACCUUUUUCCUUGUCUAACAAAGGCGAAAGUGAAAAUGACGGAUAAGGACAGCCGAUUAUCAAGGGUUUAUGAUAACGUCGCUAGAAUUCAUUAUUCAUAUAAGGGUUUUGAAAUUUAUACAUCGGCAGAAAAUUAUUUUCGCCUUACGCACUGUUGAGUUGACAUCAGAUUUACGAUUGCUACGCGCUACGAGCUUAGCCGAUAACAUGUGUAAACCCGUAUGUAGCGAAAAGCGACUACGGAUUGAGGGCCCGUCUAGCGGGUUGCUGGCAGUGAAUGCAUUAUGCCUCGCGCAUCGCUUGCUGUUCAAAUCUCUUAUACUCUUUCCGAUUUAAUAGAAAUUAAAUUAUUAGAAAACAUCGAGACAAUGAGAUUUUCGGCGAUUUGAAUUCGGCCAUAGCAUUCAAAUUAUAAGUAGACGUUGUAUGUUUUUCGACAAUGCCUUCAUCGUGGAGAUUUUUAUACGAGAUAGCGCGGCGGAUUUUUUCUGGUAUCAUGUGUAGAAUAGGGUUCUUUUUUUCUCGGGGUGUAUGGAAAUCUGUAUAAAUUAGAUUAUUUCUUAGAGAUUCGGCGACGUAGGCGUUAAGUUAGGAGCGUCGGCUCUGUCCAUAGUUUGAGCAAGUUUGGGGUCCUUUAGUGAAACCAAAAAAUUAUAAUCCUAAAACCGGUAUCGGUUUUGAAUCUCGACUGAAUGCGGACAUCACUAUUUUUUAUUUUUUUUAAUAAAUGUAAAUAAAAUCAAUUUGAAUAUGGCGUAAGUAUAUUGAGUUUUUUUUUAUAAAAUUUUACGCGCCAAGAGAAAGUAAUAUAUCAAGUUUUUAGCAAAAUUUACACUAAACGGACCCAAAAAUUGUAAAAUAAAUGCAGCGUUAAAAAAAAGAAUAGUUUGUAAGAAAUUAGAUGUUAACUUAAAAAAAAAAGAUUUCGACAAUGCAAUUGAAUAAUCUGCAAGUUUUUAAAAAUAAUUUAAUUGGAUUUUUUUAAUUUAAUCUUUUUAAAAUACGUGUAGUGUGAGGUUGUAUGUUGUUUUAAGGUAUAUUAUUUCCUUCAUUUUUGUGUUAGGCAAAUGAAUUAUUUUUUUUCUAAUCGAUGUAAUGUUUAUAUACUUAAAUAAAUAGUUAUUAUAUAUUA